UCAGCUUGUAUGCAACCGCCACUUCUCUAAAUAUUUUGUGUUCUGUGCUUUGACAUAAAACAGCUGUCGAAGUUUUAUUAUUAAUAAUUAUUGUAAACAAACAAGGCAAGGACUGAAGAAAAUAAACAUUAGAUAUAUAAAAACAAUGGAUCCUAGUCUAGUUACAUUUGAUUAUAUAAAGCAAAACUCUGGCAAAAAUCCAGAUGAAGUUUUAAUAGAUGUGAGAGAACCUAAGGAACUGGAAGAAAGUGGUAAAAUACCACAUAGCAUUAAUAUACCAUUGGGUACCUUAGAAAAUGCCUUUUCGAACAUGCCAGAGGAACAAUUUAAAACUAAUUAUGGCAUUAAUAAGCCUAAAAAAGAAAACACAAUCAUAGUUCAUUGUAAAAUGGGAGGAAGGAGUGCUAAAGCCCAAAUAUUACUUAGGGGAUUAGGAUAUACUGAUGUAAAGAACUAUUUAGGUGGAUUCAGUGAUUGGGCAAAACAUAUGGAAGGUUAAAGAACACAUUUUGUGUAGUGCUUAUCUAAAAUUGUUUAAAACAGUUCUUGAAGAGAUUAAAUUGGCACUUUUAGAUUUUUUAAUUAUAGAUUUUAUAAUAGAUGCUAAACAGGAAAAAGGAUUUGAGAGACUAUAAUUAUUAAGAAGGUUUCUUUCAUUAACAACUGUGUUAGUAAAAUUGAUAUUGACAGAAUCAUUUGAGCCUUUUCCUAAAUUUGAACUGGUUGAAAUUUCUAAUAUAAAAUGUGAUUUUGUAAAUGUAGUUUUAUUAGAUAAUGAUCUUCGCUUAUUACACAAAUUUGUUUUAAAAAUUGUAAAAGUUUUUCUUACUUUCUCACAAAUAUAUGCAGUACUCUUAUUCA